AUGAACAUCGCCAAGGCUGACCCAGGUAAAGAAGAAUGAGCCUCGCCCGCUUCAAGCACCUCCCGCGCGCCACCCAGGGACCUAUCAAAUGCCCCUACAAGGGCGCUGCCCUGCUCGGCAACGCCAACUACAACAAGGGCUCUGCCCAUUCCGAGCGUGAGCGGCGCGAAUUCAACUUGCACGGACUACUGCCACCCAAUAUCCAGACAUUGGACGAACAGGUGGAGCGGGCAUACCAGCAGUACAAAAGCCGUCCCGAUGACCUGGCGAAAAACACCUUCAUGGCGAGCAUGAAGUCGCAAAACCAGGUGCUUUACUACCGGCUGCUGCAGACUCAUCUCAAGGAGAUGUUCAGCGUCAUCUACACGCCGACGGAGGCGGAUGCGAUCCAGAACUACUCACGGCUGUUCCGGAAGCCUGAAGGGUGCUAUCUGAGUAUCCGUGACCAUGGUGAGAAAGAGAUCGAUGAGUGUUUCGCUAACUUCAGCGGUGGGGAUGACGUGGAUUAUAUAGUUGUUAGCGACGGGGAGCAGUGGCAGAUCCUCGGGAUAGGCGAUCAGGGCGUCGGGGCGAUCCUGAUAUCUGUCGCGAAGCUGGUCAUCACCACUGCCUGUGCUGGCAUCCAUCCAUCAAGACAGCUCCCUGUAGUGUUGGAUUGUGGGACGAAUAAUGAGGAGCUACUCAACGAUAAGCUCUACUUGGGUCUGCGGCAACGGCGCGCACAAGGGGAGGAAUACGAUAAGUUUGUGGAUAAAUUUGUGAGGAUGGCCAGGAAGAGGUUUCCCAAUGCCUAUAUCCACUUAUGCAGUGAGGACUUUGGUCUCCAAAACGCCAAACGUAUCCUUGACAGAUACCGCUCACAAUUACCUUGCUUCAACGACGAUAUUCAGGGCACCGGUUGUGUCACGCUGGCUGCCCUCAUGGCCGGACUCCAUGUUAGCAAUGUCAAGCUAAAAGAUGUCAGAGUCGUGUGCUAUGGCUCUGGAUCUGCAGGCACUGGCAUCGCAGAUCAGAUUAGCGAUGCCAUUGCCACCGAGGCAGGUUUCUCUAAAAGUGAUGCCUUGAAGCAGAUUUGGUGCAUUGAUAAACAAGGCCUACUGCUGAAAUCUCAAGGCGACGCACUCACAGCCAGCCAGAAAUAUUUCGCAAAAGAAGACAAUGAAUGGCCUGAGGGUCAAGAUAUUGAUCUUUAUUCCGUCAUCAAGCACGUCAAGCCCCAUGUUCUGAUCGGGACAUCCACCAAACCUGGGUCUUUUACAGAGGAGACCAUCCGCGAGAUGGCAAAACAUGUCGACCGCCCAAUAAUCUUCCCCCUCAGUAACCCGACGAGAUUGCAUGAGGCUCAGCCGCAGGAUAUCACCAAGUGGACGGACGGGAAAGCCCUGAUUGCGACUGGCAGUCCUUUCCCGCCUGUAGAGUACAACGGCACCAAGACGGAAAUCGUAUCAGCCGAAUGCAAUAACUCAACCGCCUUCCCCGGUAUUGGGCUCGGAGCUGUCCUCUCACGAGCCAGCCGCCUAUCUGAGAAGAUGGUCGUCGCAGCUUCAAAGGCACUAGCAGCAAAGGCUCCAGCGCUGGAAGAUCCAAACAAGCCACUUCUUCCAGACGUUGAGAAUGUCAGAGAGUUGAGUUUGAAUGUCGCCAAGGCAGUUAUUCAGACGGCAGUGAAGGAAGGAUUGGCCCAGGAAGAGGGCAUUCCAGAGGACGAGAAGGAUUUGGAAGACUGGAUACGGGCUCAGAUGUGGGAGGCAACCUAUCGGGAUUUGGAGAAGGCUGAUUAA